CGACCGACCAACCGACUUAAUGCGUGAAUUACCGAACGCGUAGCAGUCAUGGCGGCUCCCAUGGCUCCGGUGCUUUUUUUGCUUCCCGACCACUGUACUUGCGACUGUUCGCAGCUUUGGCGCAUUUCGCGGGUGAAUCGGCAGUCUCCAGCCCAUCGGCAGUGAUGCCCAAGAUGUGUAGGAUUGGUGGCGGGCAAAUGUGACUGACAUACCGGCCAGGGAAACCUCCCAAAGCAAUGAUUGCGACGAGACUGCUUGUGGGCCUCCCGUCCGCGGUGGAAAGCAUUGCGGUGCGAUUGUGCAGCACGGCACUGCCUCUGCGGGACACCAAGCCCAAGUCCCAACACGACCGCCCUUCGCACUUUGUGGACUGGAAGCGCGUCAAGGUCAUUGGCGGUGCCGGGGGCGACGGCUGCAUCUCGUUUGCCCACCUGUUCUGCAAUCCCAACGGGGGCCCGGACGGAGGCGACGGCGGCAAUGGCGGACACGUCAUCUUUCAAGCCGCGGAGACCGUGACGUCUCUGGCUCACGUGCCUUCCACGAUCUUCGGGGACGGUGGCAUGCGGGGAUUUGGCAAGGACAUGCACGGCCGCUGCGGGGAGCACACGGUCGUCCAGGUUCCCCUGGGCACCCUGGUGCGAGACGAGGAGAGCCGGGAGCUUGCCGAGCUGGACGUUUCCGGAGCCCGGUUCCUGGCGGCACGUGGAGGUGCCGGCGGCAGGGGAAACCACCACUUCCUGAGCAACGCCAACCGUCACCCACGCGUCUGCCAACAGGGGGCCCUGGGGGAGCGGCUCGUCUACAACCUCGAGAUGAAGCACAUGGCACAUGCGGGACUGGUGGGCUUUCCGAAUGCGGGCAAGUCCACGCUGCUGCGAGCCAUCUCCAGGGCGCGGCCCAAGGUGGCCUCUUACCCCUUCACCACCCUGCGGCCACACGUCGGCAUGCUCAGCUACGACGACUACCUCCAGCUGGCAGUGGCCGACCUGCCGGGCCUGGUGGAGGGGGCGCACGAGAACCGCGGCCUGGGCCACGCGUUCCUGCGCCACGCCGAGCGCUGCACCUGCCUCCUGUUUGUGGUGGACCUGGACUGCCCGGACCCGGCCGGCCAGCUCGAGGUGCUGCUCUCCGAGCUGGAGCUGUACCGGCCGGGCUUCAGUCGGGGUCCCCACCAUGCUGUGCUGGCCAACAAGAUGGACAUCCCCCGAGCCCCGGAACGUCUGGAGCAGUUGAGGAAGUGGAUCGACGGACGCUACCCGCUGCUGCCCAUCUCGGCCAAGUUCGGGGACAACCUCUUGGCCGUACUCAGGCACGUGCGUCGGUCCUACGACGCAUCCCAGGAGCGGAGCUAGCGACGACUCGGCAUCGAGUGAACGAGGUUGGCAGCAGUUGUGUAGGUUGGACACUGCUCGUCCCGGAGCAUCGACCGGGACACGAGUGAAUCAAUAAACGUGCAUUGAAUUGUUU